UGCUAUGUAACAAAAUGAAAUGAUCGGUUAGUGACACAGCUCAACAAAGCCAUACACAGACAUAUUGUGGUGUAUUCUGUUAGGCUGUAAAUAUCAACUGGAGAGCCUUGAUGAGCACAGCAAGGGGGGCUGACUAUUUAGACCAGCCUCCCACUUUUUCACCAGAUGUCCCUGGGAGGGCCAGAGUAGCUGCUGAAAGUAGAGCAAGAGUGACCAUUUUUGUUGCCGGGAUGGCCAGAUGGAGCAUGUGGCGCAGCCCUGUAACUCUGCCCCUGUCUUGGAUAGAAGAGCGGACAACAUCGGGUGUGCGUUGCAGCAGUAGUAUGCCAGUGGUCAAACAGGCAUUCUCAGAAAGCAGCAGUAUUGUCAGGCCUUUCACUGAGAUUCCUGGACUGUGGAAGAAUGGGGUGGUCAACUUGUACAAUUUCUGGAAACUGGAUGGCUUCAGAAACCUUCACCGCAUCAUGCUGCAGAACUUCAACACUUUUGGACCCAUCUACAGAGAAAAAAUAGGUUAUUAUGAAAGUGUAAAUAUCAUCAAUCCUGAGGACGCUGCCAUCCUGUUCAAAGCGGAGGGACAUUAUCCUAAAAGGCUAAAAGUUGAAGCGUGGACAGCAUACAGAGACUACAGGAAUCGCAAAUACGGAGUUUUACUCAAGAAUGGAGAAGACUGGAGGUCAAACCGGGUGAUUCUCAACAAGGAGGUGAUUUCUCCAAAAGUGCAGGAAAACUUUGUGCCUUUGCUGGACGAAGUGGGCCAGGACUUUGUGGCAAGAGUUCACAAAAAGAUAAAGCGGAGUGGCCAGAACAAAUGGACAACUGACCUCUCUCAAGAACUCUUUAAAUAUGCACUAGAAUCGGUGAGCUCAGUGCUUUAUGGUGAGCGUCUGGGUUUGUUGCUGGACUACAUCGACCCUGAAGCUCAACAUUUCAUCGACUGCAUCACCCUCAUGUUCAAGACUACCUCACCCAUGCUGUACAUACCUCCAGGCCUGCUGAGGCAGAUUGGAGCGAAGGUGUGGCGGGACCAUGUGGCGGCUUGGGACGGGAUCUUCAGUCAAGCGGACCGCUGCAUCCACAACAUCUACAGGCAGUUGCGUCAGGAUACUGGCGCUCCGAAGAAAUACCCAGGAGUCCUGGCCAGCCUGCUCAUGCUGGACAAGCUAUCCAUUGAAGACAUCAAGGCCAGUGUCACCGAGCUAAUGGCUGGAGGAGUAGAUACAACUUCUAUAACUCUGCUGUGGACAUUGUAUGAACUAGCCAGACACCCCAACCUCCAGGAGGAGCUGAGGGCAGAGGUGGCUGCAGCUCGGGCUGAAAGCCAGGGAGACACGCUGGAGAUGCUAAAGCGGAUUCCCUUGGUUAAAGGAGCUCUGAAGGAAACACUGAGGUUACACCCAGUUGCAGUGAGCUUGCAAAGAUACUUGGCAGAAGAUAUUGUUAUUCAAAACUACCACAUCCCAGCUGGGACUUUGGUUCAGUUGGGACUAUAUGCAAUGGGAAGAGACCCCAAGGUGUUUUUUCGUCCGGAGCAGUAUCAGCCCUCCCGCUGGCUGAGGACAGAGACACACUACUUCAGAAGCCUGGGCUUUGGUUUUGGCCCCCGUCAAUGUUUAGGGCGCAGAAUAGCUGAGACAGAGAUGCAACUCUUCCUUAUCCAUAUGCUCGAGAACUUCAGAGUGGAGAAACAGCGCCAUGUGGAAGUGCAGAGUACCUUUGAGCUCAUUCUCUUACCAGACAAGCCUAUAAUUUUGACUUUGAAACCUCUAAAAACUAGUCGCUAACACCAUAUUUGAAAGAAAAUUGUGGUGCAUGACAAGUUGCGCCUCAUUUCUGUCCUUUAUCACACAUAAUAAUAAAGAACCUCACAAAGCAUUACAACAUGAAUACUGAAUAACAUCCUUCAACUUCAUAUGCUGGCAGAAAGCAAGAAAAAAGUAUUAGGAAAGAAAAAGCUGAAAAUGUCCAUUGACAAAUUACCUCAGUAAUUAUGCAACUGGUGAACAAAGUAAUUAUAUAUAUGAUGUAUUACUUAGUGAGUAAUGAUGUGUAGUCUGUGUGUGUACAAUAUACUGACAAACUUGGAAUGUACAGUACCUUUUUUCAUGUGGAAAUGGAAAAAUAUAUAUUAGAAAUAACAUCUACAGAAACAAAUAAAACAAUACAACUGUCACAAAA